AUGUCUAUUCAUCCACGAUUUUUCAAGAACACCUUACGUCAAUGGAUCCGUAACCACAGGGUCCACCAUAAAUACAGUGACACCGACUCAGAUCCCCACAAUCGUGAACGUGGGCUGUUCUUCUCUCACAUCGGCUGGCUCCUCAUGCAUAAGAAACCUGAAGUCAUCAGCAAAUUCAAUGAGAUUGAUAUGUCUGACAUCGACAACGAUCCCAUUGUCAAAUGGCAUACCAAGUAUGUGGAUAUAGUAAAUCCCUUAGCGUGCAUUGUAAUACCGACUUUGAUUGGGAUUUUGCUGUGGGGAGAGAACUGGCGCGUGGCCAUAGCAUGGCAGUGCUUCAUCCGAAUGAUGGCCGUCUACCACAGUGAGCUAACUGUCAACAGUCUUGGACAUACACUGGGAUACAAGCCUUAUAAUCAAUCAAUAAGGCCAGCGGAAAACGUAUUCAUAGCUGCAAUAACCGGCGGAGAAGGCUGGCAUAACUUCCACCACGCAUUCCCCUUUGACUACAAAACUUCAGAAUGGCCUCAUAGCAUAGACACAACAACAAGAUUAAUCCAUCUCUUUGAAAAGUUUGGCUGGGUGCAGGACAAGAGAGAAGUGUCGCAAGAAACGAUUAAGAAAUACUCCUCGCAACAUUGCGGAGUCAGCGAACAAAUCAAAAUGGUUGAAAAAGAAUUAUAA